AUGUCGGUGAAACAUCAUCGGGACCACCCUUGCAUCAGGACAUGUGAAGUUAACUCUCCCAUGUUCUGUGAAUAUGAUUUCCAAGCCGAAACCUUCUAUACUCUGACCAAGGCGUGCCGUGACUGUCCUCACAACAUCACGGACUGUUACAGACCCGGGUGUAUCCCAGCCGACGGUAAUUCCCGGGCAAUCCUUGUCGUCAACAGGAUGUUGCCGGGACCAGCCAUACAUAUCAAGCAGUGUAUACGUAUGGUUUGUGAGGGAGACACUGUAAUGGUUAAUGUUCAUAACAAAAUGAAUGGAAUGGGUAUGUCAAUUCAUUGACACGGUAUCCUACCGCGAGGCAGCCCUCACAUGGACGGGGUUGGUAUGCUUACCCCAGUGCCCCAUACACGAGAAUGCGAUAUCAUUUUCUUGGAUCUACCAAGUUUUACUUCAUUCUACAGAUUUACAGUUAGCGGUCCUGGAACCCACUUUUGGCACGGACAUUCAGGACAACAUCGCUCUGAUGUUGUUCGACAAGCUUCAGAACGCGAGUUCCAUCACGGUGUCUAUGACUAAGACUUACCCGAACAUACCAUGCUCGUCAACGAUUGGUUGAUGGAAUUAACUCUAGAUCGUUUUGCCAACCAUCAUCAAGCUCACGGUGAAAAGCCGGCGUCAAUUCUCAUUAAUGGAAGAGGAGCUCAUCGUGUUUUCUACAACAGUGAACGAAGUGAGAACAUCACAACACCAUAUGAAGUGUUUAAUGUUGAGCACGGGCGGCGCUACAGGUUCCGGAUAAUAAGCAAUGGUAUAUUUAACUGUCCAAUACAGUUAUCCGUUGACAACCAUACACUUCGCGUUAUCAGCAGUGACGGUAAUCCAUUCCAACCUAUCGACGUUGAAAGCAUCAAUAUUUUCGCCGGUGAGCGUUUUGAUGUGGUCAUUCUAGCCGAUCAGCCUGUGGACAAUUAUUGGGUCAGGGCGCGGGGACAAGCUGGUUGUAUUGCAAAAAGUGUCUACCAACAAGCUAUCCUCCGUUACAGUGGUGCAGUCGAAGAGUUUCCGACUCGUCCAAUAGGACACCAGUUUGGAGACCGAGAAGGAAAGAAACUCAAUCCAUGGAAUAAAAAAGCAACAGAUAUGCUGGUACCAGUAACGCAUCUUGACAAUAUGCGUCCUUCAAACAAAGCACUUCAGGAAACACCAGACAAGAAGUUCUACCUCACAAUGGACUUUAACAACAUCGACAACUAUAACUUCUAUGUAGGGUCUGAAUAUGUUUCCCCUUCCACUGUCGUGGAGGCAUACUACCACUUAUUGUCACCGCAGAUAAAUCAUAUCAGCAAUACCCUGCCACCUUCCCCUCCUCUGACACAAUUCCAUGACAUACCACAGGAGAUGUUCUGUAAUGCUGACACUGUGAAAAGGAAUUGCUCCGAGGAAUUUUGUAAAUGUAUUCACACACUAAAGGUGGACCUGGAUGACACUGUAGAGUUUAUAGUUAUCGAUGAAGGAAAGAUCUGGGAUGCCAAUCAUCCAAUGCAUCUUCACGGUCAUAAGUUUAGGGUGAUAGGCAUGGACAGGCUCAGCAAGUCUACGACCCUUGAGGAGGUGAAACGUCUGGACAAUGAAGGAAAGCUGAUCAGAAACUUGACGUCUCCUGUUGAUAAAGACACAGUUACCGUUCCAGAUGGUGGUUAUGUCAUCCUCCGAGUCCAUGCCAACAAUCCAGGAUUUUGGUUUAUGCACUGUCACAUUGAGUUUCAUGCCAACAUUGGAAUGGGAGUUGUGAUUCAGGUCGAUGAUUUCGACCAGAUACCCUCCCCUCCCGCCAACUUUCCCCGGUGUGGGAGCUGGUCAUAUACAUCGGCAACACCUGUACCUCCUGUUACAGGCGUUGCAUCCUCUGUCAAUUUCAGUCUUGCGAGUGUGAUGACCAUGCUCUUGUUUGAGCAAAAGUACCCUAUACUGGGCAUCAUUCGUCCCAGUUGUUUUCACCCUCUUCGUUCAGGUUUUUAA